ACCGAAUAAUAGAUAAAUAACGAUUAAAACAUCGAAAUUGAUAGAACUAUCUACUCGCCUGACCAAUCCCAUUGUCAUAAAAAUGGCAUACAGGGGAGUUCAAACUUCUAAGGUGUCUCCUGCAUACCUACACGGAAACAGCACCAGUCAUACUUUCGCUUUCAGUGCAGUUGCAGAACUUCUUGACAAUGCUUAUGAUCCUGAUGUGAAUGCCUCUGAAAUAUGGAUUGAUAAAAGAUCUAUCAAUAAUACUAUUUGUUUAACAUUUGUUGAUAAUGGAUAUGGAAUGGAUCCAAACAAGCUGCAUAAAAUGCUGAGUUUUGGUUAUUGUGAAAAAGAAGCAGUUGGAAGUCAUCAACCAAUUGGACAUUAUGGUAAUGGGUUUAAGUCUGGAUCCAUGAAAUUAGGGAAUGAUGCACUUGUUUUUACACGUCAGGAACACUAUAUGAGUGUUGGUAUGCUAUCACAGACUUACUUGAAGAACAUCAAAGCAGAGACAGUUCUGGUUCCAAUAGUCUCCUGGUCAUUGCCUGAUAAGAUGAGAAGUAACACAGGAGAUGUGAAGAGUAAUUUACAAUCCAUACUUCAACAUUCCAUUCUAAAGACAGAGAAAGAUCUACUUAACGAACUGGAUUCUAUGGAGAAACUCAAGACUGGCACUAAAAUAAUUAUAUACAACUUAGCAAGAAUAGGAAAUGGAAAUUUAGAGUUAGAUUUUGACAGUGACCCUUUAGACAUCAGAAAUCCAGAUACCCAUGUUAAGGAUUAUUCUACCAUUAACAGAAUACAAGCAGAAUCCAAACCACGAUACAAAGUUUCACUCAGGGAUUAUUGCAGCAUACUUUAUCUUAAACCAAAAAUGAAAAUUGUUAUUCGUGGGAAGAAAGUCAAGACAAAACUAAUACAGAAAAGUUUAUCACAGACAGAAAUAGAUACCUACAGACCAACAUGGGCUGAGAGACCAAUACCUAUCAGGUUUGGAUUUACAUCAAGUAAAAACAGUGAUGAUUAUGGUAUUAUGAUGUACCAUAAAAAUAGAUUAAUACGAGCUUAUGAGAAAAUUGGAUACCAGAAGCAGCCAAAUGAACUUGGAAUUGGUGUUGUUGGUGUAGUUGAUUCCUAUUUUCUUACUCCAAUACAUAACAAACAAGAUUUCCAAAGAGAUGAUAAGUACAGUGCAUUUAUGACUAAUGCUGCUCAAAAAUUAAACGAUUACUGGAAUGAAAAAAGAGGAGGCAAUGAGAAGACUGUACCACAAAAUAAACAAACAGUUCCUGAUUGGACCUGGGCUCAGUGUGAUAAUUGUUUGCGGUGGAGAAGAUUGACAACAGGAAUGACAUCUGAGGAUCUCCCAGAUAAAUGGUUCUGUCAUAUGAAUGCAGAUGCACAAUUCAAUCGAUGUGCAAUUCCUGAAGAGCCUGAAGAUGAGGAUGAAGCACUGUCAGGAGCUACUUACAAGAAAACAUUUAAAAAACAACAGCAAGAAAAGAAAAUAAAAAUCAAAUUUAUGGCUGCAGAGCAAAAUAGAACACGAGAAAUGUUAUUAGCAGCAAAGGAAAAAGAACUUGCUAGAAAGGAACAAGAAAUGAAAAAGAAAACUGCUGUAGGAGAGGUAUCUAGCACAGCAGGUUCUCCAUCUGUGAAUCCAAACUCUAUGACUCCAGUUCAAAUCAGAAGGAUGAAAAAAGAUCUUGACAAACUGAUGAAAGAGAAGCAGAAUAAAGAAAAAGAAAUAAGUGAACUUAAAAGACAAAAAACUAUGAGCGAAAGAAUUUGUCGUGAAUAUCAGAAAAAGGCACGACAUUUGAAUUUAGAUAAUUUAAUUUCAAGUGUCAAUAAACAGAUUGAGGAAGACACUAGAGACGUUACAUCAACAAGUGGGACAAUUCAGAUAAAGACAGAAGAAGGAGAUAUUGUAGAUAUUAUACCAGUGGAGGGACCAAGUACAUCAGGAACAAACAAUUCUAACAAAAACAACAAUAAAGUGGUAGAUCUGACAAUAGAUUCUGAUGAAGAGGACGGACCUUCAGCACCAAAGAUCUCUAGACUGGAAGAUAUUAAACCUGACAUAUCUAAAAUAAAGAUAGAACCUAAACAAGAACAGUCUAAAGCGGUAAAUAAUACUCAACAUCAAAAUACUCAGACAGAUAAUACAGAGGAAACUAAAACAAGACAAAGACUAAAUAAUUUACAGGUUAAUGUUCAUAAAUUGUUGAAAAUGAUUGUUCCAGACGAAGAUCUAGGUAAACCUGAAAAUGUUGAGGAUAUUGUAACUGCUAUGAUUUUACAUAACUCAUGAACAUGUAUGGAACGUGCAAUUGUCACAGUUAAUUUUUUUGCCAGUGAAAAACUCAAAACAAAUAUGAUUUUCUAUUUAUAGUUACAAAUCAUAGAAGUCAUCUGCAGAAAAAAAUGUAAAUAUGGGUUGUUCCAGAAAAGUUACUUGACGUUUAAGUUUCUGUGGAUUGUUUGGUGGUGUACACAUUUUAGAAUUGUUCAAGAAUUACUCUGGAUGAUGGAGGCUUACAAAAAAGUGCCUUCAAAGAUCAGUAUGAAGGUCAUUUGCAAACAAUUGCUUUGCAUUUUAUCUUCAAAUAUUACAUAAUUACCCGGUAUGCAGUCAAUGAACUAACUUGAUAAAAUCUGUAGUAUUUAUUUUUUAAUUCAAUUUUAUUAUUCUGGACUUAGUAAUUAAUAUUAAAAUAUAUAUAUAUAUAUGAAAGCCAGUUUGCAAGAAAAAAUUAUAACAUUUUACCUUGUAUAAAUCAA